CUAGAAAAGCGGCGGUCCCGGCUCCAGCGGCAGUAGCAGCGGCGCCGGCUCCGGUGUGCAGGUCUUCCCAGCGGUGCGGUUUCUCGAACGGCGGCUGCUCUCUCUCCCUCCCCAACCCCCAGCAUUAGGACGAGUCCGGUGCGUGCGCGUCCGCGAAGGUCUUUCUCGUCUCGCUCGGCUGCGGGGAAUCGGGCUGAAGCGACUGAGUCCGCGAUGGAGAAAACUUUAGAAACUGUUCCUUUGGAGAGGAAAAAGAGAGAAAAGGAACAGUUCCGUAAACUCUUUAUUGGUGGCUUAAGCUUUGAAACCACAGAAGAAAGUUUGAGAAACUACUACGAGCAAUGGGGGAAGCUCACAGACUGUGUGGUUAUGAGAGAUCCUGCAAGCAAAAGAUCAAGAGGAUUUGGUUUUGUAACUUUCUCGUCCAUGGCUGAGGUUGAUGCUGCCAUGGCUGCAAGGCCUCAUUCCAUUGAUGGCAGGGUAGUUGAACCAAAACGUGCUGUAGCAAGAGAGGAGUCUGGAAAACCAGGAGCCCAUGUGACUGUAAAGAAGCUGUUUGUUGGUGGAAUUAAAGAAGAUACUGAGGAACACCACCUUAGAGAUUACUUUGAAGAAUAUGGGAAAAUUGAUACUAUUGAAAUUAUUACUGAUAGGCAGUCUGGAAAGAAAAGAGGCUUUGGAUUUGUUACUUUUGACGACCAUGAUCCUGUGGAUAAAAUUGUAUUGCAAAAAUAUCACACCAUCAAUGGCCAUAAUGCAGAAGUUAGAAAGGCAUUGUCUAGACAAGAAAUGCAAGAAGUCCAAAGUUCCAGGAGUGGAAGAGGAGGAAACUUCGGAUUUGGAGAUUCUCGUGGUGGCGGUGGCAAUUUUGGACCAGGACCAGGAAGCAACUUUAGGGGGGGAUCUGAUGGAUAUGGAAGUGGACGAGGAUUUGGAGAUGGCUAUAAUGGGUAUGGAGGAGGACCUGGAGGUGGCAAUUUUGGAGGUAGCCCUGGUUAUGGAGGAGGAAGAGGAGGAUAUGGUGGUGGAGGACCUGGAUAUGGCAACCAGGGUGGGGGCUACGGAGGUGGUUAUGACAACUAUGGAGGAGGAAAUUAUGGAAGUGGAAAUUACAAUGAUUUUGGAAAUUAUAACCAGCAACCUUCUAACUAUGGCCCAAUGAAGAGUGGAAACUUUGGUGGUAGCAGGAACAUGGGAGGACCAUAUGGUGGAGGAAACUAUGGUCCUGGAGGAAGUGGAGGAAGUGGGGGCUAUGGUGGGAGGAGCCGAUACUGAGCUUCUUCUUACCAUGGGCUUCACUGUAUAAAUAGGAGAGGAUGAGAGCCCAGAGGUAACAGAACAGCUUCAGGUUAUCGAAAUAACAAUGUUAAGGAAACUCUUAUCUCAGUCAUGCAUAAAUAUGCAGUGAUAUGGCAGAAGACACCAGAGCAGAUGCAGAGAGCCAUUUUGUGAAUGGAUUGGAUUAUUUAAUAACAUUACCUUACUGUGGAGGAAGGAUUGUAAAAAAUGCCUUUGAGACAGUUUCUUAGCUUUUUAAUUGUUGUUUCUUUCUAGUGGUCUUUGUAAGAGUGUAGAAGCAUUCCUUCUUUGAUAAUGUUAAAUUUGUAAGUUUCAGGUGACAUGUGAAACCUUUUUUAAGAUUUUUCUCAAAAGUUUUGAAAAGCUAUUAGCCAGGAUCAUGGUGUAAUAAGACAUAACGUUUUUCCUUUUAAAAAUUUAAGUGCGUGUGUAGAGUUAAGAAGCUGUUGUACAUUUAUGAUUUAAUAAAAUAAUUCUAAAGGAAA